CACUAAGGCAACAUCAGACAAUGGCAUCGGGGGCAGCAGUGGUGUGAUGAUGAUGAUGCUGAUGCUGUUGAGGAUGAAGCUGGUGCAAAUGACCAACCAUAUACAACUUAUAGAACGAUAGUGGAUUUUCAGAUAUAUGAACAAACCAACACCAACAAUUCCUUAUCGCAAGGAUUCUAGCUCCUUCUGCAUUGGAUGCCAGUCAUACGCAUUCAUCUACUAUCCGGACCCAAAAUAAUUCACAUCAUGCCAGCUGGACGAGUUGCUGGUAAAGUUGGCUUCUCCAACAACUAUUACGAUGGACGCUCUUAUGUGGGCAUCAAUGAGGAAAUCAUGUGGGUCAGCAUAGGCAUGGGCAUCACCAUAGUGAUCCUGAUAACAAUUGCCCUUUGCUAUAUUGCGCGAGAGAAAUGCCAAAAACGAAGUCGGGAAUUCUAUGUGACAGCCUAGCUGGUCCUUUGCAAUAUGAUGAUGGCAAAGGACGACAAAAGUCGAGAUGAUAAUCGAAGCCUUCUAUUCUAACUUAUAUUAGAACGAUCCUGAAUUCUGAAUGUUUUGCUUUGUCAGCAUCAAUGGUGGAGUUCUUUUGAAAUUGAACGAAAUUUAUAACAAAAUCGAAAGGACAUGAGGAUGAUGAGGCGAAGGAUGCGGACGGUGACGGCCACGCCGACGGUGGCGAUGGUUCAGGAAGAAGCCUACCAAAUGGCUAACAUACGUGUGGCUUUGUAUGUCUGUUUGUGCGUAUUGUUUUGGGUCAUAUAUAUACUUAAGUUUCUAUUGUAAGAAAAAUACCGAAAUUUAGGAGUUGAAUCUCAUUCUUUAUACGUACUCGUAUAUAUUAAGGAUAAAGCGUCUGAAUAAAUUACAUACACCAAAACUAAAAAUGAGCUUGCAAAAUGACACGGAUCGGAGGAUAUUUUUGGACCUUUUGCGUCGUCCGUGCGUCGUCGGUGUGUCACAUUCCCAUAUUGUUUUAUUCUCGUUGUCCCUAAAAUAGGAUUUUCUUUUUGUUAUAUUAUUUUAUUGCCAUGAAAAUGAAAGGAUAAGGUAAUAACUCAGGGAUCGCACUGUGAAUUAGAGACUGAGUGCGAAUGCCCGAUAAAAAAUAUAUAUAUUUCAUAACAGAUGUGAUUUUGCAAAAAAAAGAU